CUCUCUCUCUCUCUCUCUCUCUCACACACACGCACACACUCGUUAGCCAUCAUCCAUGGCGGCAUUAGGAGUGAGUGGUGUUGGUAUUGGCUCCAACUUUUCUCAAUUCCUGCAACCAAUUUCAAUUUUCAAGUCCAAAUGCAGAAGAACAACAACCUCAACAACAACAACUGUUUUCUCCCGGAUUUCCAACAAUGGCUCCCAACCCUCCUCCAACGGUUAUUCCUCUCCAACGCUUACUCAGAAUUUCACAGGAAAAUCCGAGGCGGAUGUUAUAGUGAUCGGGAGCGGCAUUGCAGGGCUAUGUUGCGGUGCACUUCUAGCUCGAUACAAUCAAGACGUUUUGGUAUUGGAAAGCCACGAUGUGCCAGGUGGCGCUGCCCAUUCCUUUGAGAUUAAAGACUACAAGUUCGACUCCGGUCCGUCUUUGUUCUCCGGUUUUCAAUCUAGGGGUCCUCAGGCUAACCCUCUCGCACAAGUUCUUGAUGCACUGGGUGAAUCAAUUCCGUGUAAGGAAUAUGAUUCUUGGAUGGUGUACAUACCAGAAGGUGAAUUCUUGUCUCGCAUUGGACCGACUGAUUUUUUGAAGGAUCUACAGACAUACGCCGGUCCAAACGCUGUACGAGAAUGGAGAACACUUCUCGAUGCAAUACUUCCAUUAUCCACAGCUGCAAUGGCACUUCCACCGUUAUCUAUACGAGGCGAUUGGGGUGUUCUUUCAACUGCCGGUGCUAGAUAUGCGCCCUCUCUUUUAAAGUCGUUUGCUCAAAUGGGGCCUAAGGGUGCCUUAGGUGCUACUAAGCUUCUCAGACCAUUCUCGGAGAUACUCGAUUCCUUGGGGAUAAAAGAUCCUUUUAUACGAAAUUGGGUGGAUCUUUUGGCCUUUUUGCUUGCCGGGGUCAAAUCUGAUGGUGUGCUGUCGGCAGAGAUGAUAUACAUGUUUUCGGAAUGGUAUAAACCAGGAUGCUGUUUAGAAUAUCCUAUUCACGGAAGUGGAGCUGUGGUUGAUGCUCUUGUUCGAGGUUUAAACAAGUUCAAUGGACAUCUCUCUCUUAAAAGCCAUGUGGAAAAUAUUGUUGUCGAAGAUGGUCGGGCUAUAGGAGUGAAGCUAAGAGGCGGACAAUUCAUACGUGCUAAAAAAGCUGUUGUCAGUAAUGCAUCAAUGUGGGAUACGGUGAAUCUGCUGCCAAAGGAAGUUGUUCCGAAACCUUAUCAGGAAAAGAUUAAAGCGACCCCACAGUGCGAAUCGUUUAUGCAUCUACAUUUGGGUUUUGAUGCUGAAGGUAUACGGGAAGAUUUGGGAAUUCAUCACAUAGUUGUGAAUGAUUGGGAGAGAGGAGUUGAUGCGGAUCAGAACGUGGUUCUAAUAUCUGUACCGAGCGUACUGAGUCCCAAUCUUGCGCCACCUGGCAAACACGUGUUGCAUGCCUAUACGCCAGGAACCGAGCCUUUCGAGCUGUGGGAAGGUCUCGAUCGCAGAAGUAACGAGUACAAGGAACUCAAGGCUCAAAGGAGUGAGGUAAUGUGGAAGGCUGUUGAGCGGGCCCUCGGGCCGGGUUUCGACCGUGAGAAAUGCGAGGUUAAAUUGGUCGGAACUCCACUCACACACCAAAGGUUUCUUCGGAGGAACAGAGGAACUUACGGUCCAGCUAUUAAAGCCGGUAAAGGCUCGUUUCCUGGCCACUCUACCCCGAUAUCGCAGCUUUUCUGCUGUGGCGAUUCCACUUUUCCGGGUAUUGGGGUACCCGCGGUUGCUGCCAGUGGUGCAAUAGUUGCUAACACGCUUGUUUCAGUGUCUCAACACUCGGAACUUCUUGAUGCUGUUGGUAUUUAAUUUAGAUAAGGUGUGCAUGCUCAGUGUUUUAUUUAAAUAUUGGUGUCUGAUUCAUAAGGAAUGGAGUGAAUUACAUACUAUAUUGAUUAUUUUGUUAUUUAUGGCGAAUAAUCAAAAACAAAAAAUAAGAUUGUUUUGUGCACUGGGAAA